UAAUAUCAGGAAAGGUUACUUCAGUUUAUGACUGUGUGCUUUAUAAAGACACCUACAUCUGUACAGGUGCUCAGUACCAGCUGUACUGUAACACAAGUGUACAUAACUUUCCGUACUCAUUCAUUCAGUAUCAACAUAGUUGCAUAGAUUCUGGCUGUAACUGUAUUGGUAAUCUAAGCACAUGCACAUGCACCAGUAAUACAUCCUCCUGCUUCUGCAGUAAUAAUAACAACAGCAUCACUAUCAGUCCAGCAGUGAGUCCUCGAUAUUACUGUAUUCUCUAUAGCAACAACACUUACAUCUGCACUGGCGUUCACUACCGCAUGUACUGUGAUUUAAGCAUGCAUUAUUUUCAUCUCGGAAAAAGUCACUAUCACUGCUUUGAUAAUGGCUGUUACUGUCUUGGUGAUGAGAACACGUGUAGAUGCUCGCCAAGCGUAAACUCCACAUGCUUCUGCAGUACAACAACCCCAGAUGUGAAUAUCACACUGCCGAGUGAAUGCAGGAAUUGGACGCAAGGAUGCUUGACAAACCUUCUUGACCAGAUAGAGAACAUUACAGUUGAAGAGCUCCAUAGAGACAUCGUCUCCAAUAUUUUCAACCUGGUCUUUAAUACUUCAUUGGGAUUUUAAACUCAUUCUCUGAUGAUCAAAAUAAAUUGGUGUCAAAUGGAAACCAGGUGUUAAAAGCCUGUGAAAAACUUGUUUCCAUGUUGGUGAAGGAAACAGGGACCUGUGACCGUGACAGUUUUAUUCUUGAGUCUGUAGAGGCACAAGUCUUCAUGGUUGGACCACAGGUCACAUUAAAUAAAAUCCCUCGGCUCGACACAACUAAUGCAUCUGUGGACAUUGAUCUCAUUGGGAUUGCCAAGAACAACUCUAAUACAAGAUCAGGAUCAGCUGCUGUGGCGUUUAUGAGCUUGAAUUCAAUGGAGAAUCUACUGAAGGCAGAAUUCUUCAACACAUCAGAUAACACAUCAGUUAAAACCAUGAUGUCCACUGUCAUCUCAGCUACUCUUCCAAAAACCACCAACAAACAGCUCACAAAACCAGUCAACUUCACCCUCAAACACAUCAGAGAGUUUGUGUCUGGAGGGAAUAUGUCGUGUGUGUACUGGAACAUCACUGAGUGGAUUGUAGAUGGUUGUUCUGUUUUAGACACAAACAGCAGCUACACUGUGUGUUCAUGUGUUCAUCUGUCAACAUUCGCUCUCAUCAUGCAAACCAGCAGCACAGCACCAGAGGAUGAUCAUCUGAUGAAAGUGUUGAAUUUAGUGGCUGUGUCGGUGGGUCUGGUGUUUAAUAGUUUGGCUCUGUUGACUUUUGGUUUCUGUCGAUGGAAACCUGGAGUGAACAAUGUGGCUCGAAUCAACCUCUGCAUCAGUCUGCUGUCGGCUCAUCUUCUGUUCUUACUCACACAACAAUUCCUUACACACAUCAAACCUGACCAGAUGUUGUGUAAUGUGCUGUCAAGAUUUCUUCACUUUCUCUUUCUCUCCUGCUUCGUGUGGAUGUUCAUUGAAGCUGUGCUGCUCUACAUCUGUGUGAAGAACCUAUCACAGAUCAGCUCCAGACAGAGGACGGUGCUUAGCAGCAGAUUCUUGAUUGUGAUUGGAUAUGUGAUUGCUCUGGUUAUAGUGGGCGUGUCUGUUGGAUUGUUUCCUGAAGGCUAUGACAGUGACAAAUGCUGGAUUAAACUGAAUUUAAUCUGGAGUUUUCUGGGACCUGUUUGCGUCAUUCUCGCAAUAAAUACGAUUUUCUUCAUCAGUAUCAUCAUCAGUCUGAACUCAACUCUCUCAAAGCUGAACGCUGAAGUUUCACGGAUGAAACAGAUUUUUUUCUGCAGGAGGAUGUUUUUUAAAACACUGGCUCAGUUUGUUGUUCUUGGUUGUCCCUGGAUUCUGGGAUUCUUCACUGAGAGCAGUAAAGUUGUGAAGAUUCUCUUCCUGAUCCUGAACUCACAGCAGGGAACCUUCAUCUUCCUGAUCUACUGUCUCCUCAAUAAUGAGGUCAGACAGCAGUAUGUGAAGUGGAUGAGAGCUCUGUUCCCCGGACUCGAACUCAAAACCAUCAAAGACGCCCCCAAAAAACACUGAGGACCUGAA